AUGUCAAAUCCUGAAUCGCAAACAACUGAAAAUUUAACUGCUGAAGAUCGUCAUGAUAUUGAUGAAGAUAAUGAUCAAGCAAAUGCAGCGCAUAAAAUAAUUCCAGCCAUUCAUGGACCACCAGUAGUACCAGAAAACAAACCAGAUAUACAAUUGUCAAAAGAAUCUUCAAAAACAAAUAUAAAUCAAUCAAAGGAUUCCAAUUUUGAUGUACAAAAUUUGAUUCAAAAUGAUUUAAAAAAAUAUGUAAAUACACCAGUUCCAAAAGAUUAUUCAGAUUUUGUUCAAUGUCAUGUAAAACGUGUUAGAGAAGGUUUUACAAAAGGUUUUGAAUCAAUAUUUACUAUGCAUUUUGACGGACAAAAUGAAAAUAAUCAAACUUUCCUUCUGAGCGCACGAAAACAUAUAACAAUUGGUGGACAUGCAGAAUAUUUCAUUGGAAUUGAUUCUGAAAAUCCAUCAAAAACUCUAAAUGAUGAUAAUUCACUUGCAGCAUUAAAAGGUAUUAAUAUUACUGGUAGUGAAUACAUAAUUUACGAUCAUCAAAAUUCUUCAACUGAUCAACGUAAUAAACAGCAAUCAGGUGCCAUUAUUUAUUAUGAACAUAUAAUUGGAUCGAGCGAACCAAGAAAAUUGACUGUUUUGUUGCAUGACACUGGAAAAAACAUUCGACCAAUAAAAGCAGGUGAAACAAUUAUUGAUGAAUGGCGAUCUGGACGUUCAACGGAUUUGAUUCAAAUGCAAAAUAAAGCGCCAACAUACGAUGAAAAAUCUAAAACAUAUACUCUUAAAUUGCAUGACAGUCGUAUAAGACUACCAUCACAUAAAAAUUUCCAAUUAAUAUUUCCAAAUGAUAAUCAUGACGAAAAUGCUGUUAUGCAGUUCGGUCGUAUUGAUGACAAUAAUUUUGCUCUCGACUAUCGACAUCCUCUUACGGCCAUUCAAGCAUUUGCUAUUGCAUUAAGCUCUUUUCAUAAUCGAUUCCAUUCUUAA